AGUAACAGGCUCUCUUGGCUCCAUCUUGAAAAUUUGAAACGCGGAUCUGAAACAAACAAACGGUCGUAUACUUUGAAUUUAAAUCCAUAUCCAGCGUUCGAUCACAGAAUCUUCUCCUCUCUCCUCCGCUACUCCUCAAUUUCCUUUCUCCAUUUUCCCAUUUCUCAUCUCAAUUCUCUCUCUCUCUCUCUCCGUUCCGCAAGUUCUCCAUCGACACGGUUUACUUGACAAUGCCGUUCCUAUCGGAGGCUGCGAGUGCGAUUAAGAGCAGGUUCGGGUUCCACGACCAUCCCUCCGAAUCGCUUUCGCUGGUUCAGAACACUCCGGAUCUUUUCAAAUCCGCCGUCAAAGACACUCUGUCGCAAAGCUCCAUUGUCCGAAACCUAAGCGAUUGGGACGAUGAAACUGUGGUUGGACCAAGUAGCGCCGCCGUUUCCUCUUCUCAGAGCUUUGAAUUCGCCGAGGACCCUUCCUUCUGGAAAGAUCACAAUGUACAGGUUAUAAUUAGAAUGCGUCCUCUUAGCAACUCCGAAAUAUCGGUGCAAGGGUAUGGAAAAUGCGUUAGGCAAGAGAGUGGUCAGGCGAUUACUUGGACUGGGCAUCCCGAGUCGCGGUUUACUUUUGAUCUUGUAGCUGACGAGAAUGUUAGCCAGGAGAAUCUCUUUAAAGUAGCUGGUUUGCCAAUGGUAGAAAAUUGCAUGGGAGGCUACAACAGCUGCAUGUUUGCUUAUGGUCAAACUGGAAGUGGGAAGACACACACCAUGCUUGGUGACAUUGAGGGGGGAACUAGAAGACACAGUGUCAACUGUGGGAUGACACCAAGAAUUUUUGAGCACUUAUUUACUAGAAUUCAAAAGGAAAAAGAGGCUCGAAGAGAUGAAAAGAUAAAAUUUACAUGCAAAUGCUCUUUCUUGGAGAUAUACAAUGAACAGAUCCUUGAUCUUUUGGACCCAUCAUCUAACAAUCUGCAGAUAAGAGAAGACAGUAAGAAAGGAGUUUAUGUGGAAAAUCUUACGGAAACAGAAGUUACUUAUGCUCGAGAAGUCAUUCAAUUACUUAUUCAGGGAGCUGCGAACAGAAAGGUAGCUGCCACUAACAUGAAUCGUGCUAGCAGUCGUUCUCAUAGUGUAUUUACUUGCAUCAUUGAGAGUCAGUGGGAGUCUCAAGGAGUGACUCACUUUCGGUAUGCUCGACUUAAUCUUGUUGAUUUGGCUGGAUCUGAGAGACAGAAGAGUUCUGGUGCUGAAGGGGAACGCCUCAAGGAAGCCACUAAUAUCAACAAAUCUCUUUCAACUUUAGGGCUGGUGAUUAUGAACCUAGUAAGCAUAUCUAAUGGGAAGUCGCAACAUGUUCCAUACCGUGAUUCAAAGCUUACAUUUUUACUUCAGGACUCUCUUGGAGGGAAUUCAAAAACAAUCAUAAUUGCAAAUAUAAGCCCCUCCAUUUGUUGUUCACUUGAAACAUUAAGCACAUUGAAGUUUGCACAACGCGCCAAAUUUAUUAAGAACAAUGCAAUUGUAAAUGAGGAUGCGUCCGGAGAUGUCAUUGCCAUGAGAAUUCAAAUUCAACAACUUAAGAAAGAAGUAUCCCGUUUGCGUGGUCUAGUUGGUGGAGGAGAAAUUCAGGAUAAUGACAUUUCAGUAGUCAGCUUCCCUGGUUCUCCUGGAUCCUUCAAGUGGGAGGGUGUGCAAGGAUCAUUCAGUCCAUUAACCUCUAUUAAAAGGAUAUCUCAGAAAAAAGACUAUGACGUUGCCCUUGUUGGGGCCUUUAGAAGGGCAAAAGACAAAGAGAUGGAAUUGCAAGCACUAAGAGAUGAAAUUGAAGCGUCCAUGAAGCUGGUGAAACAAAGAGAAGAUGAGAUUCAGAGUUUGAAGAUGAGACUACGUUUUCGAGAAGCUGGAAUAAAAAGAUUAGAAACAGUUGCUUCUGAGAAGAUCUCAGCUGAGACACACUUGCUAAAAGAAAAAGAGGAGCACUUGAAGGAAAUUGAGGUCUUGCGGGCCCAGGUGGAUCGGAAUAAUGAAGCAACUAGAUUUGCUAUGGAAAAUUUGCAGCUAAAAGAAGAAAUUAGAAGGUUAAAGUCAUUUUGUAUGGAAGGUGAACGAGAACAGAUGAAUGAACAAAUCAUGGUAUUGGAAAACAAGUUGUUGGAAGCACUAGAUUGGAAAUUUAUGCAUGAAACAGAUCUGAAAAUAAACUCUGAUUCAAUGAUGGAAGAUGUACAUAAUGAUGGUAAUCUCAUCUCCAAACAGGAGUCAAGUCCAAAAUCACAUUGGCAGUCUUUGCUGAGGGAGGAAAAUGAGUUUCUCAAGAUUCAGGCUAUACAAAACCAGGCAGAAAUGGAUACAAUUCGCAAAAAGCUAGAGGUUUGCCUUGAAGAGAAAGAAAAAUUAAAAAGGCAUGUUGAUGAUUUGAUGGAAAAAUUUGAACAAGAGAAAUGCCGAACAAUUAAUGAAGGAAAGGAGCAAAUGGAUCUUCCAUCAACAACUGAUAUGCCUGUCAUUAACAGCAAUGACCAACUUGAAUUGAAAGCAAUGGUUGAUGCUAUAGCUUCUGCUAGUCAAAGAGAAGCAGAGGCUCACGAGACAGCAAUUAUGCUGGCAAAGGAGAAUGAUGAACUCAAGAUGAAGCUUAAAGCCUUGAUUGAGGAUAAUAGUAAACUAAUUGAAUUGUAUGAACAAGCUGCUGCUGAGAAAAAUAAUAGAAAUGUUAAUAAAGGGGAGGGUGCUCAAGAAAUUGGUUCUGAGAUUGACAAUGGUUGCUAUUCUCUUGAAACAACAAAAGAGGAGACUGAGUUGAAAGGAGUGGUUGAGAAUCUCCAGCAUCAGUUAAUGGAAAUGAAUGAAGAAAAUGAAAAGCUGUUGAGUUUGUAUGAAAGAGCCAUGCAGGAGAAGGAUGAAAUAAAAAGAACUCUUGCAUGUUUUGGACAUGAAAGAGUUGAAACCAAAGGAGAUAUGGACUGCCCAGAGAAGCUUGUUGAAGUUGAUGGUGGGGAAAGAGACUCGAGAGUACAAACUGUCUCUCAGGAAGUGCAGGGUAGAGAUGAAAGUAAAUGUGAAUCUUCUACAUCUGGAUCUGAUGUGGACUUCGAGUGUGAUGCUCAUGAACAGGAACAUCUUUUAAAGGAUGACAAUGAGGCUGAUAUACUGGUCAACUCUGAGAAGAAAUAUGAGGUAUCUGAUCUCAGCGAAGCAGAGUUAUCAGAGGAAUUAAAUUGUGCUACGAAGAAGCUUGAAAGAGUUGAUGAACGUAUCUCAGAUGCAGUCAAGACUAUAGCUUCACUUGGUUGUGCUGAAAAGGCAAUGGUCCAGGUUGAUGAGCUCUCUAGAGAAAUUGAGGUCACAGAACAUGAUAUUCAGGUCAAGCGUCGGCAGUUUGAAUCCUUGAAACUUCAGUUUUCUGAAGCACAGGAAAGAAGAACAAUAGUCAAUAAAAAGUUCUCUGCACUCAAAUAUUCAUUAUCAAACUUCUCCUCAACAUUUUCUUACUUUGAGCAACGGGAAGCAAGGGCAAGAGCAGUAGUGAACGACUUGACAUCUCAUCUUGCCCAAAACAAAGGUGAAUUGGCUGCUCUUCAAGCUUCCAAACAGGGACUGGAGAAUGCUCAAAAGAGGAACCAAGAAUGUGAAGUUGAAAUAAUGAAAAAUGUUGCAUCCAUCAAAUCAAAAUUGGAGGAGGAGAAUCGCAAGUGCGAAGGUGAGAAGGUUCUAUUUGCAGUUGAAAACACACAGAAUAUUGAUUCCGCAUUGAAAAUUUUGCAUCGUAGUUGUAAAGCCACUGAGUUACUUAAGUUAGAGGAAGAUAAAACAAAACUGCAAGCAGAGAUGAAGCUUUCUCAAGAAAAACUUGGUGUUAUAAGAAAGGAACUGGGGAAUCUAAAGAAGAAGGAGGCAAAUGUAGAGAGCCAGAUACAAGCUGUUCAACUGGAAGUAAAGAAACUUUUGAGGAACACAGAGGAGAAGGAGCUUGCACUUCAGCGUGUGAUGAAAGAGAAAGAGAUGCUCUUGGAGUUUAGAGAUAAUGGUAUGUUGGAAAUAGAGCAUAUGAUCAUUGAACUCCAGCAAUAUGUAUUUGACUAUGAGCUAAAGGAGGCUGAAAUAAACAUUCUUGGAGAAGAAUUGCAAAUAGAUUUGAUAAGAGCCGAAGAGUUACAAACAGCCAGGGUCAUUGCUGCCAACAACAAGAACAAUGUCCUUUCUUCUAUUUCUUAUUCUGGCAUGUUUGGGAAGCUGAAGGAGGAGAUGCAAAAUCUGCGGGCAUCAAUUCUCGAAACAAAAUUGUUGCUGGAAGGCAUUUCCCAUGCCAACUAAAUUGUCGCUUUCUGUAAUUAAUUCUCCAUUUGUUAAUUGUAUCCUGUUUUGUUUAAUUUCCAUUUUGGUUCUGCUUGAGAACCAGAUUGACAUUUUUUUCUAACACUUAUUUGGAGAAUGAAAAUAUUGUCUUUCCAAUCUCAUCUCUCAUUGAACUGAUUUACCCACAUUGACCGUUGUAUAUCACAGCUAAAAAUCACUGUGAACAACAGAUAUUUAAAAUCUGUAAGUAAUCCAGCUGCACUCAUUAUGUUGUUUAUUGGUUUCAUCAAUUGUUUGAUAAAGGAUUUGGUCUUGGGUUUGGUUUUA